UCCAGUUCGCCCAGGAUACACUUAAUGCUAUCCUUAUUGCUAUAAUCAUGAUUAAUUUUUUGAACAAAACAAACGCUUGGUAUAACUAAUUUUGGUUAAACGCAAUUUGUUCAAUUAAUAAUAAAUAUGUCUUUCAAAUUAUCAUUUUGCUUCAUGCUUUUGCUGAUAACGGUGCUCCAGGCCUCGUAUUAUGUUGAAGAAACGGAUGAUGGGUCAAUCGUCGUCUAUUCACACCGACGUAUCCGACCAAAUUCUGUCUACGAGAUUAUUGCACAUUCGUUGCAGAAGAAAUUUCAUGCCGAUAUAAGCGUCGUGAUCGCCGUCCCUGGCGCAAGUGGGUCCGUGCAAAGUGCAAACAUAACACUGGAAAAGGGAGAAAGGAGGAUUCUGCGCCUUCAGAUACCCAAUGUACCGGCGACCGGCUCCGUUAAGUUGACAGUGACGGUAGUCUACCAAACCGCUAACGGGCCGAUCACGAAAUAUUCCGAAAACCUCUUAGAACUUACGUCAAAUAAGGACGCCAAUCACAUUAUCCUCAUCCAACUAAAUAAGCCUAUUUAUAAAGCCACCGAUGCUAUCGGAUUCCGAGCAUUAAUACUUGAUCAAGAUCUCAAAUUAUCAUCUAGCGUUAAAACAAUUACUGCCAUUCUCAAGGAUGCCUAUGGAGAGUCUGUGGAAACAAAGGCCAACGUGUCCACCGCCUUUCCCGGCAGCUCGGGCUACUUCGAAGGCACAUUUCAUCCGUUGCCCUUUGAGCCAGAUUUCGGCAACUGGAGCGUGGAGAUUGUGGCUCAGGAUAUCAAGACAUCGAAAACACUACAAGUGGCCGAUUAUCGUCUGCCUCGUUUUGGAAUAGAUUUCAGUGCACCAGACAGGCUGACAAUGAAUAUCCCCGCGCUUACUUUCACCGCCUUUGUGAGGGACCAGAAUGGAAACCCGGUCAUUGGAUCACUGGAGAUUGCCAUUCUAGAUCCGUCGAAUUCAACAACCAGAGCGCUACCAUUACAGGCUUCUGGAACAGACAUCCUAGCACCAACGUACCUUUGCCAACUCAACCACCAAGCACUGAAAAAAACUUUCUGCGAAAAUAAUAUCGACGGCUAUAUAACCGUAACCGCUACCGCCAAGGAGCAGCUAACCAACAAAGUGGAAAAAGCCGAGAAGCGCAUUCCUUACCAUUGCACACCGUUUGACAUCCAGCUUAUUUCACCGACCGACGGCUUUCGAGCUGGUGUGACAAACACCAUUGCCAUCCGUAUCGGCAAUUGCAACGACAUUCUUGAUCCAAACGCGCUAACUGCCGCCGUCUUUACUGCUACUGAAUUUUCCCGCAUCGACGAUGUUCUCCGGUCAAACCGGCUGGAGAUCACAGAAAAAACGAUGGACAUUGAAACGAGCAUUUCGGUACUACGUGUACGCCCCUCUGUCACCGCUCAAAGGCUGAUCAUUAAAGCGGUAGUUAAAGAUAUCACCAAAGUGUUUACCUUGUUUCAACGGCCUGCCAAGACCAUAGGCGAGAGCCUGGCAAACGUCCAUCUUUUUGGGAACAAAAAUACCAAGUUGGCGACAAAGUGGACUUCAUGUUGGAAUGUAACCAAGGCUGUCCUGUGAUGCAUUACGCGAUCGUAGCCGGGAAUGGCGUCGCCCUGACGGCAUACGCCACAAUGAAGAACGAAAGGAGCGAACGCCUCAACUUCACAGUAACGCAUGACAUGGCGCCGUCGGCCACCAUCUUUGCUUACUACUACAAUAGCGA